AUGACUGUCCUGGCGGGGAAGUCUGGCGGUAUUGCUGGAGCAACGCGAUCGUCAAUCUGCAAAGCGAAGGAUGCAGCACGAUCAAAGCAUCAAAUCGAGAGUGGCUGGGCGAGGUUAGCCAUCGCAGCCCACGGUCAAACCCCCAGGCUAAGGGCCUCACAUUCCGAGAAAGUGGAGGUUGCAAACGAACGGAGAGGUUUGAGGUGGUUGAGCGAAGGUGAGAUAUCCAUCCUCGGAAUGGGGUCGAAGCCUCGACCCCGUGACCUGGACCCCCGAUUGGCCAGCAUUCCUUGGCGCCACUCGCGAUUGGAUGCCCCGUGGCUGCAGUUUGGGGCCUGA